GGGGAUUCAUGUGAUCGGGAGGCGGGGCGGGAGCACGUGGUUCCUCCUCGGAAGUGGCGGCGGCCUAGGGCAGCAGCGUGGGGGUGGCAUGGGCGCCCCCGGGGGGAAAAUCAACCGGCCUCGCACGGACCUGAAGAAGAAGCUCUUCAAGAGGCGCCGGGUGCUGAGCCGCGAGAAGAGGAAGCGGCGCCGGAUUGUGGGGGCAGUGGUGGACGAGGGGCUGAUCACCGUGCACCACCUCAAGAAGCGAUCGUCCAGCUCCCGCGCCAACAUCACUCUGUCGGGGAAGAAGCGCAACAAGCUCCUGAAGCAGCUUCGUCACACCGCCAAGGAGAAGGCCACCAUGCAAGGGACAUCUCUGGAGUUUUCUUGUCUCUGGGCUCACCUGCCUGAGGGAGAGGCCACCCCUUCCUUCCUCCCACCCUGCAGUUGAUGCUGCUGCAAAGCCGGAGGGAACGACGGCGCGAUCCGGGAGGAGACGGAAGCCGCCAGGCUCCCAGGAUGUGGAGAUGAAGGAUGCGGGGGCCGAGCUGGACGCGGAGAACUGAACCCUCUGGGAGGCUGGAGGCAGCUCUGCCAGCUGUGGCGGGGCCUGUGCCCGGGGACUUGGUGGCCCAGUUUCGCUGCCGGCAGGUGGGAGCCGCCAUCCUGCUCCCUGGCUCUGACUGGGUUGAUUCUCUCCUGGACUCUUUGGAGCAAGUGGGUGCUUCUCGGCUAUUUCCUGCUGGAGUCGCUUUCCCAGCACUGGAGGAAGCGGCUGGCGGGCUUUGCCGUGAGGCGGACGAGGCUGCUGUGAAAUAAAUGAAGCCAAGAGCUCCAUGUGACAGCGA